AUGGUCGAGCAGUUUUGAAUCGUUGUAUGAAACUCAUGCUGUGGAAAUUGGACAUAUUCAAAGCGAACAUUUCUGCUGUCUGAAGCGAUAAAAACCUGAAACAGCCAUGAACGUUCAGCCGUCAAAUCCCAAUAAUCCCAUUGUGUUCUUCGACGUCGGCAUCGGAGGGCAAGAAGUGGGCAGAAUGAAGAUAGAGCUUUUUGCCGACAUUGUUCCAAAGACUGCUGAAAAUUUUCGGCAAUUCUGCACUGGAGAAUUCAAGAAGGAUGGUGUUCCUGUGGGAUAUAAAGGCUGCACAUUUCACCGGGUUAUAAAGGACUUCAUGAUCCAGGGUGGCGAUUUUGUCAAUGGUGACGGCACUGGAAUCUGCAGCAUCUACAGGGGACCAUUUGCAGAUGAGAACUUCAGAAUGAAACACUCUGGUCCAGGACUCUUGUCAAUGGCCAACAGUGGACCAGGAACAAAUGGCUGUCAGUUUUUUAUUACCUGCACAAAGUGUGACUGGUUGGAUGGAAAACAUGUGGUAUUUGGAAAAGUAGUAGACGGUUUACUUGUCAUGCGAAAAAUUGAGAAUGUACCUACAGGACCCAACAACAAGCCGAAGCUGCCCAUCGUCGUGUCCCAGUGUGGGGAAAUGUGACGUCUUUUAUGAUGUGUUUAAACAAAAAACGACCUUUACAAUUCAUUUUGAAUGGCUAACUACUACUCACUUCCGUUGAAAAUCGCAUCAUUUUCAAACGUAAAAUUCUUAUUAAUACAUAUUUUCUGCUUCAAAAGCAUUUGAUAAUUAGAUGAUCUGACCCACAUUUCCAUAUUUACAAACCAACAAGCAUUCAAUGUACAUUCUGAAAGUCAAGGCCUUUUAUUUUGAUCAGAAACACAUUUUGUUUUGUUUUUUUUAUAUUCAAAUAAAUAUUGACCCAUUUUUUAA